AUGUUAAUAAAAGAAUAUCGCAUUCCACUGCCACUGACGGUGGAGGAAUAUAGAAUAGCUCAGCUGUACAUGAUAGCGAAAAAAAGUCGCGAAGAAAGUAGCGGAGCCGGCAGCGGUGUAGAGAUUAUUGUGAAUGAACCAUAUCAGGAUGGACCGGGUGGUAAUGGGCAGUAUACGCGUAAGAUCUACCACGUCGGUAGCCAUCUGCCGGGUUGGAUCAAGGGUCUGCUGCCGAAGAGUGCGCUCACGGUGGAGGAGGAAGCCUGGAACGCUUACCCGUACACGAAAACACGCUACACCUGCCCGUUCGUGGAGAAGUUUUCGCUCGAGAUCGAGACGUACUACUUCCCGGACAAUGGGCACCAGGACAAUGUGUUCAAGCUGAGUGGUGGCGAUCUGCGGAACCGGAUCGUCGAUCUGAUCGACAUCGUGAAGGAUCAGCUGUACGGGGCGGAUUACACGCGCGACGAAGACCCGACCGUCUACUGCUCGGAGCGUACCGGGCGCGGUCCGCUCAGCGAGUGCUGGCUGGAUGAGCACUGGGAGGAGGUCCAGGGUAAGCAGCAACCGACAGCCCGCAACAUGUCGCUAAUGUGUGCGUACAAGCUGUGCCGGGUCGAGUUCCGCUACUGGGGCAUGCAGACGAAGCUGGAGAAGUUCAUACAUGACACAGCGCUCCGGAAGACGAUGCUGCGAGCCCAUCGGCAAGCGUGGGCCUGGCAGGACGAAUGGUACGGUCUCUCGAUGGAUGACAUCCGGGAGAUUGAACGUCAAACGCAGCUCGCACUAAAGCGCAAGAUGGGUAACGAGGAAGGUGGUGAGGAGCAGGAAGGUGACGGCGAGGAAGGCGAGGGCAACAAACCCUCAACGGAGCAGGACAAUCGUAGCGCCAAUCAGAUGUACUCAAUCGAAAAGACGAACGAAAACUCAACGCCACACAUGGACAAGAAGGAACCGAUCCCGGUCAUCACGACGACGGCCGAGGCGGAGAGUGGGAGCGGUACCGGUAUGGUACGGCCGUCACGCAAGGAAAAACCCAAACCGUCCGCACACAGUUCCGAGGAUGAUGAAUCGGUCGAUGGUAAGCAACCGCAACGCCACCGAGCAGAGGUCGACGAGGAGGACGAAGACGACGAUGACGAUGACGAUGAGGAGGAUGAUGAACGGCACGGUCCGCGUGGACAUUCACAGCAAGGCGGUUGCUAUCUGCGCAAGCAGAACAAUGCCGGUUCGAAGAGCAAAUUGCACUCACCGCUCGGGUCGGCCCAUAGUUUUGAUUUGCAGGUUGCUAACUGGCGCAUGGAGAAGCUGGAGGUGGAUUCCAAAUCUGGCUCCGAGGAGGAAUUUUUCGACUGUCUCGGUGAUAUAGGUGAGAAGGCAUCGCUGGUAAAGUGGAGUUCGCUGGAGCUGCUAGCGGAGGAAGAUGACAGCCCGCAGUUGGCUUCAAAUCACCGAAAUCAGGAAGAUAGCAUCUUCAGCCAAUCGUAUCUGCAGCGUGUGACAUCCGAGCGGGGUACGAGACGUUCGUUUCUGGGGCACCAUUCGUCGAGCAUCGACCGGGGCACGGGACACGACUCACCGCCCGGUUCGCCCGGAUUACCUUCCUGCCCGACGACGGUACUGAUAUUGAUCAUGCAUGCUGGUAGCGUGCUGGACGUCAGCUCGGACAUGACGACCAAGAAGUCGGACAUUACCACAUUCCGGGGUGCGCUUGAGUCGGUAAUGCGCCAGCACUAUGCCUCCCUCGUCGGGCACGUUGCGCUGCGGCUGGUUGCCUGUCCGGCGGUCUGUUCCGAUGCGCUCGGCAUCCUGUCCAGCUUGAGCCCGUACUCCUUCAACACCUCACCGUCGAGUGCGGACGUAUCGAACCUGGCGGAUGUACCGAUCGGUGCGAUACCGCUGCUGUCCACCUGUUCGCCCGAUUUUCAGGAAUCGGUGAGCCGGGCAGUAUCCUGCGCAAACCAAACGUUUGCCGACUUCCUGAAGUCGGACGAGGGUCGUGGCUUCAACGGGCAGGUGGUGCUGAUCGGUGAUUCGAUGGGGAGUGUGCUGGCACAUGAUGCGCUGUGCCGUUCGGCGGCCCACCAGGGCAGUGAAGCAUCCGGUCUGAACCAUAUUGCGGAUUUCGUCGCGGAAGCGAACGAUCUGGACGCAUCAAAGCUGCUGACGGCACCGUCACCUCGGAGACGAUCGUCCUCCACCAGUGAGUCGCGCGUGCCCAAAUUCGAGUUUGAGGUGGGCGAUUUCUUCAUGUUCGGUAGUCCGCUGGCGGUUAUACUUUCGGCCCGUCGGCUUUCUGACAGUCGGUACGGCAGCAGCAAACCGGCCUGUACGCAGCUGUACAAUCUGUUCCAUCCGACUGAUCCUACGGCGGCCCGGCUAGAACCGUUGCUGAGUGCCCGGUUCUCGAUGUUGCCACCGGUGAAUGUGCCGCGGUAUGCGAAGUACCCGCUCGGUAAUGGGCAACCCUGUCAUCUGCUUGAACUGAUCCAAUCCAGCCCGCAGCUGUUUGCCGACGGUGGUCCGUUACCGUCGGCACGACGCCUAUCGGACACAUCGAUUCAGAGUGCGGCGUCGGGCAUGAUCGAUAACGUGCCACUUACCACGAUCAAUCAACUGCAGCAGCGCUGGUGGGGCUCGAAGCGUCUCGACUACGCCCUGUACUGUCCGGAAGGGCUGAGCAACUUUCCCUCGCACGCACUGCCGCAUCUAUUUCACGCGAGCUACUGGGAGUCGAGCGAUGUCGUUGCGUUCAUACUGCAGCAGAUCGGGCGCUUCGACGAGUCGGGCGGUGCCGGGUACGGGUACGAGAAGGACGUAUCGAGCUUCCGACCGUCGCAGCCGCGCGAAAAGUGGAACAAGAAGCGCACCUCGGUGAAGCUGAAAAACGUCGCGGCCAACCAUCGGGCGAACGAUGUGAUUGUGCGGGAAGGUGAACCGCAGCGGCUAGUUGCCCGCUUCAUGUACGGUCCGCUCGAUGUGAUUACGCUCGCGGGCGAACGGGUCGACAUCCAUGUGAUGCGUGAUCCGCCAGCAGGCGAAUGGCAGCUGCUCUCCACCGAGACGACCGACAAGAAUGGGCGCAUCAGCUACAUUGUGCCGUCGGAACAGGCGUGCGGCUACGGCAUCUUCCCGGUGAAGAUGGUCGUCCGCGGUGACCAUACGUCCGUUGACUUCUACAUUGCGGUGGUACCACCCCGGACCGAGUGUAUCGUGUUCAGCAUCGACGGUUCGUUUACCGCAUCCGUGUCGGUCACGGGCAAGGAUCCGAAGGUGCGUGCCGGUGCGGUGGAUGUGUGCCGACACUGGCAGGAGCUCGGUUACCUGCUGAUCUACAUCACCGGUCGGCCGGAUAUGCAACAGCAGCGCGUACUAUCCUGGCUCAGCCAGCACAACUUCCCGCACGGACUAGUCUCGUUUGCGGACGGACUGUCGACGGAUCCACUCGGCCACAAGGCCACCUACCUGAACAAUCUUAUCCUUAAUCAGGGGCUGAUCGUACAUGCGGCGUACGGCAGCAGUAAGGACAUCAGCGUGUACACAAGCAUCGGGCUGAAGCCGAAACAGAUCUUUAUCACCGGCAAGGUGAGCAAAAAGCACCAAUCGCUGGCAACACCACUCACCGAGGGUUAUGCCGCCCAUCUCAGCUCCUUAAUGACGGUUGGCGGUUCACGACCCGCACAGGGUAACGCACGCAUGGUGAUACCACGCAGCUGCUUCAACCUGCCCGGCCAAAAUCAAUCCAUUCGCAGGCGAAGGUUCGUGCCGGGUUAA